AUGUGGUCACGGGGUACCCGACUAUUGUAUGCCGCGGUCUCAUCUAAAGAUGCAUCGCUGCUCUUUGGUGUGGGUCGUCCCCGCACACGCGCCCAGUAUGAGAAAUAUCAUGAAUUAAAAAAUACAUCUAUACAAGCCGCCUUUCCGCAUCUCGCCGCUUGCUGGGUUGGACCCUGUUGGGGAACCGUUAUGCUCACACCCCAUCAUAUUUCUCCAACAUGCACAAAAAUGGCAGUUUGGCGAUGUAGUCAAUGUCUUCAGGAGUUUGAAAUGUCUAUUGCGAAGUUUAUUGAUCAACAUGGGGUGUGUCCACUUUGUAAUAAACCCCAGCGAACACUGGAGACGAGUAAUAAAAGUAAAAAAUCAUCAGAAACCUCCGGUGAUGAGGAUAAGGAUAAGGAUGUGAAAGAGAAUGAACCCGAAUUAGCAACAGCCACAAAGACAGAAACAGGAGAUGAGACCUACUUGAGAGCCCCACGUAUGAUUCAUACAAAUUAUAGAAGUGUUUUGCAUACGAAUCCAGAGUGGGAAGGACGGAAUAUUCAACCCAUGCUCGCACAGAAAUGGGAAUCGGUAGUAGGAUAUCUUCUCAAUGGAGGAAAUAAUGAUUCCACUAAUGGUGAAAAGAAAAAAGAAGAGGAUGAACAGCAAGAACAACAUAAAGAAUUACUUCUUGCUUCUCCAAAGAUUGAUGGUAUCCGAUGUCUUAUUGGAUAUAAUGAACGUCGCAAAGAACCUCAAUUUUUUUCUCGUGGUGGUAUUUUAUUAGAAUGUUGUCAUGGAUUAGUCCCACAUGUACUGCCAUUAUUUGAAUCCGACCCCACACUCAUCUUAGAUGGUGAACUCUUCGCACCGCAGUGUAAUUUUGAGGAACUUAACGGUCUCGUUAGACGUCUUGAGAAAACAGUAACGGAUGAUGUGCGAAAACGUCAAGCAGAACUUUUGGAGUAUUUUGCUUUUGAUAUUAUGUAUUCGGCUAAACUCUCUGCGCCGAAUGCCCCUUUUAGUGAGCGGUAUCGUCUAUUAAAGAAAUUAAUUCCCAUUUGUGGUGCCAAACGUAUUAGUGCCUAUCAACAUGAUGAAGAAAAGCGAAAAAUUAUUCGAAAAAAGCGAUUACUUGAGAAUGGAGAAAAUCCAAUUAAAUUAUAUCAUGUACCCGCUGCACAAGUCUCUCCAGAAGAAAUGGAUGAAGUUCUAGAAGAAGCAUGUUCUCAAGGCUUUGAAGGUGUAAUGAUUCGCCGCCCUAGUUUUCCAUAUGAACAUGGUAAACGCAGUUUUGGCCUUUUAAAGUAUAAAACCAUGCAUGAUGCGGAAUAUCGUAUUGUGGACUUUUUACCUGGACAAGGGAAAUUUAAAGGUGGACUUGGGGCAUUUGUCUGUGAAACUAAGAAUGGGAUUCGCUUUAAUGCCACUCCAAAGACAACAUAUGAAAAGCGACUCUCGUUGUGGGGAAAACGGGAACAACUACUGGGUCAAUAUCUCACCGUGCAGUAUCAGGAAUUAUCCACACAGGAUGUGCCGCGUUUCCCAAUUGCAAAGGCAGUGCGUGGUGCUACAGAAGAGGAAUGGCUGUAA